AUGAAACAACUCUUCGGUUUUGUGGAUGGCUUGUUUUUUAUGGUUGGAGAAAUUGAUCGUGAGGUUUCAUGUGCAUUAUGGAAUCUUGCGACUAGGGAGGUGAAACCCCUCCAUCUCCCUAUCCCAGUAGCCACAAUCCAUGAUUCCCUGGUGUUCGGGUUUGGAUUGGACCCCUUGACUUAUGACUAUAAAGUGGUUUACUUUCACAUUAAUAAUUUGUGUGAACAUUAUGCAUCGGUCUACUCGUGUUCUAGGGACUUGUGGAGAAUUUUCAAACCUAAAAUCCCCUACUUUAUAGACGUGAAACACACAUUUGGUACUGCUUAUUUGAAUGGAACUUAUUACUGGCUGCUAACUGGGGGCCGCCAUAGUAAUUACACCAUUCUUUUGUUCGAAUUUGGGAGUGAAAUAUUUAAAGAGAUUGAAGGGCCAGGUCAUCAAUCUGUUGAUACUAACAUGUUGGGUUUGAUGUCGGUUGAUAGUUCCAUAAUUGCCAUCUUGAACUUGAACCCGCAUAUUGUGUUUGCUUAUGAUAUAUGGGUAAUGAUUCAACCAGGUGUAUGGAACAAACUUGUUACCUUUCAAUGCUUCUUUAGGAUUAAGUCUUGUUAUGAUAGCUCUCUCAUUUUGGCAACGAAAGAUUUUCAACUGGUCUCCUAUGAUGUUCGGACUAACAAGACGAGGCAUCUUGGAUUUCAACAUCCGGGCUUGAGAAAAGAUGCAGAGUAUGAUGGCGGUUGUGGAGUUUUUUAUUAUAAGGAGAGCUUAGUGAAAAUUAAACAACGAGAGGAUGAAGAUCUGGACCAUUAA